AGGUACCUCUACCUGCUACAUCAUGACUGCACUAAUUAUGCGGUAACGUGAUUAAUCGUGGCUUCAGGUCGUUUAGCAAUAUUAGUUUAUAUUUAUAUAUAUGCCGACAUUUCGACGUUUAGAUGUAGAGCUGGUAGCACUCCUACGAAAGAAAAUCCAACUAGACAUUAUUUUUUCUUCGGUCCCGGUGGCAUAUAAUUGAUAGUAGAGAGGCUGCAUUUUGCUGUUCGCUACGUGACGCUCCGAGAAAGUCAGAUAAAUCAUUUUGUACUUCUCCUCGCUCGAAGUCGAAAGUGUACUUGUUCAGGUUGUUCCUAGAUAGAACAACUGAAACAGAAUUGGCACGACUUUCACCUGAUUAUGGAUUGCAAAUAUGUCUGGUGUGUCCGCAAAUGUGCAACAGUUGCCACGCACAUUUUGCAUUACAACCCAUGAAUGACGUCUGUGAUGUAUGCCCUAGCAUCACAGAUUUUUUUUGAUGGAUGCUUGAUGCCUCUUCCGCAUGAGAAAUAACCUUAGAGCGUAAAAAAUGCAGCUGGGCUCCUCUUGCUGCUCCUGCAAUUCAGGGUCUUUCAGAAUCUAGAGGUAGCGCGACAAUUUGCACUGUUCCUGGCCCAGACACAUUUUCGAUGCAUACUUAUGGUAGAGGACAGCAAGCAAAAAGGGGCGGGGAACAAGAGGAUGAUAUGGAAGUAAGUGAUUUCAGUGCCUGCUGCCAGCCCCAACGAAAAUUCCAACAUGUCAUGCGGAUUUGCUAGACUCUGUCUCUGACUCCUCCUUUUUGUCAUGCAAAAAGCAAACCGAAUCUUUUCGUUUUCUUCCGAAUCCGAUUCCGAAACCAUCUAGCAGCGGCACUUAUGCGAUCCACUUACGCGAACCCGCGCGACGGAGUUGAUUUCUUGUUCUUUGCGCUAGGACAGCAGUCUAUGAGAUCACUUGCUCUCUCUCCAUAGAUUAGUGUCAACGACGUGGCGAGUGCGGCAGACCAAGAGCAAAUACCCGAGGAAAAAAUGUGCCCAUGUGAACUCUUGGUUCCGAACAAAAGGGAGAAAAACGACUAAACUGUAACUAUGCGAAAGUGAAAUAACAAAAUGAAGUGUACUAACUUGUGCUGGUGAUUUAUGCAAUCUAUCGUCACCGUCACUAGCGUCAACAGAGUUGGUGUGUAGAUUACGACUUUGGUGGUUUGCAGCUGUGCUGUCCUGUCCCAAAAGAGCUGAGCAACUGUCACGCGAACGCGAAAAAAGCACUUCACAAUAAAGUUGAAUAUCGUAUGCAGUGCUACUAUGUUUUUCUUCGAAACAGGGUGAACGCGCUGCAGAGCCAGAGUUUUUUCCUUGCAUAGCAGACUCCAG